AUGGCCGACUUUCCAGACCAUGAGCGACCACACAAGAGAGCGCGUCUCAGCGAUUCGACAGCAAGUACUGAUUCUCCUCCGAAAGAUGAGUGUAGUUGGAGUUGGCCUGCCGACCUAGAUGGACCAGCCACCAAAGCUAUCAGCCCGCCCCCGGUUUCGCGCAACAAGGGCAAAGAGAAGCAGCACCAAGAACAGCAAACAAUCACAGAAUCGUCGCCUUUCCAACUCACCAGAAUCCGUGAUUUGCCAGCCUCUGCAAAUGUUGACACCGUCACACUUUCGGACAUUCUUGGCGAUCCCAUGAUCAAGGAGCAAUGGCAAUUCAACUUCCUCCUUGAUAUUGACUACAUCAUGAGCCAUCUCGACGAAGAUGUGCGUGACACGGUUCAAACGAAGAUUAUACAUGGCUUCCACGAAAAGAACAGUCUCUCUCGUAUUAGUCUUGAGGAAACGGCCAAGAAGUACCCGAACGUCCAAGCACUACACACAUGGAUACCUGCCUAUGGAACACACCACUCCAAGAUGAUGAUCUUGAUCAGACACGAUGACACUGCUCAAGUCGUCAUUCACACAGCCAACAUGAUCUCUCAGGAUUGGAACAAUCUUAGCCAAGCAGUAUGGCGAUCUCCUCUUCUUCCUCUAUCGGCAAUAGACGAUAACACAUCAGACGCUCUGAUGGGCUCGGGUGCUCGAUUCAAGCAGGAGCUGCUCAACUACCUCGAAGCCUACGAGGACAAAUACAGAGAUCACACACGUCCCCUGAUCAAUCAACUCAAAAAGUACGACUUCUCUUCUGUCAAAGCUGCUCUUGUUGCAAGUGUGCCUGGUAAGCAGCAAGUUGGCACGAACUCGAUCGCCAAAGGCCAAAGUUUAUGGGGUUGGCCUGGAUUGGAGCGGGUCCUCAAACAGGUUCCGUCGGCUGCAUCGGCAAGCAAAGCUCAGAUCAAUGUCCAGAUAUCCUCAGUGGGAACCGCUCCCGAGAAAUGGUUGGACGGCUUCUUCGACGUCCUCGGAACAACUACCACUGGAAAGCAGCCAAAGCCCAGGAAGCCAUCUGUGCGGGUUAUCUUCCCAACAGCUGAUGAAGUCAGACGCUCGUUGGAUGGCUAUCGAUCUGGAAGCUCAAUUCACAUGAAGCUGGACUCGCAGAUGCAGAAGCUACAGUUGAAGUACAUGAAGCCUCUGUUGUGCACUUGGGCUGGAGACGCAAAAGAAGGCAAUCAAGUGCGUGAAGCAGGCCGUCGCCGCGCCGCGCCACACAUCAAGACGUUCAUCAGAUUCUCUGAUGACGAUUGCAACAACAUCGACUGGACGCUGGUGACAUCGGCAAAUCUAUCGAAGCAGGCUUGGGGGGAAAUGGCGAACAAGCAGGGAGACGUCAAUAUCAAGAGCUUCGAGAUUGGCGUUCUUGUAUGUCCGCAGUGGCUUGCAGAAGAUGGGCAGAAGGCGGUUAUGGUGCCAGUUUUCAAGAAAGAUAAGCCAGAGGUCGAUGUACCAGAAGAUGCUGACAAGGUGAUCGGCGUGAGAAUGCCCUAUGACUUGCCGCUUACGUCCUACCUCGAGGGUGAGGAGCCAUGGUGUGCAGAAAGGUCGCAUGCGGAGCCUGAUUGGCAGGGCGUUGCCUGGCCGGGGUUCAACCCAAGAGUCUGA